AUGGAGGUAGCCUAUUUUCCAGCAUCGUACAGCUAUCCAUCUUAUUACGGUGGAUCGCCUUCUAGGCACCACUCAGCACACGACUACGACUACGACUCCAAUCGCGUCUUAUAUUAUUCUUACGACACGCCCUCAGCCGAGCUCUUCAGUCCCCGCUCUGGCAGCGGCUCACGGUUUCGCGAGAUGCCUAGCUCCUACGAAUACAGCUACCACGAUGUUGUCCCGGCCUCGUCUUCAAGCCGGUACCAAGGAGGCCGCGGCCGUACGGCCACGUUACGCCGGAGCGCCACGUCCACAUCCGCGGCUUCUUAUGAGGUUCCGUCUUCGUCCCGCUACUCAUCGCGGGAGUCAUUCAAGAACAUGAGCACUGCGGGCAUGCUCGGUAUGGCCGCCGUCGGCGCCGCCGCUGGCGCUGCUAUUACCUAUUCUGUCAUGCGCAACAGCUCUCGUUCGCGCAGCGCUUCUUCGCAUGGACACGAGUUCGACAAUGCCACAGCCAUUCCUUCGUUUCAGCGGCGGUCCACCUUCCCGGAUUCGUACCAGGAGUACUCAGGAAGCCGCUAUGGUGGCCAUGACGGAGGCAUGCGAGGACGGUCUCAGAAGGCGACGCGCGAAGUUGAAGAUGUGCACAACUACGAUAGCGGCCGCGGUCGACUCACUUCGUCACGGGAGUACCGGCCGAGUGGUGGGUCAGUUGGCGGCUCAGGGUCACGAGCCCGCAGUGAGGCGGCGUUCAAUCGCUCGCCGCUCAUGAUCUCAGACGGCGAGAUUCGUGGCAGCGGAAGCUACAUCUCCUCCCCCUCUCGGAACGGGCCGGCAGGGGCCCCCCCGCUCGCACUCUCUUCGUCUCGCCGUGGCUCCACCUAUGACUACCAUGGUAUUGAACCCGCAGAUCGUGCCGAGCCAGACAACUACGUGUCCGGUGCCCGCAGCCACCGCUCCAUCCGUGGAAGUGGCGGUGGGGGUAGUCGACUACCAUCGACUCCGCCUAACGCAAGCCGCAGUGCUCCAGUGCGGCAGGGUAUGAGCCGCUCUGGCAGUUAUAUGUCCGCGCGCAACAUACCCAUGCCUCCUAGCGGCGCUGGUGGUAGCUAUCCCCAAUGGGACAAUGACAGCCAGUUUGGCGACGAUAACCGGUUCUUGUACGAUGAAGAUAACGACAGCGUUGCGCCGAGUGACAGUAUCAGCUGUGUGGGAAGCCGCAGCCACAGUCGGCGGCACCACCGCUAA